AUUGAAAAUUGGUUUUUGAAUUGACAAAAAAAAAAAUCGAAAAUUUUACAAAGUUGUUGUCAGAAGGGAAAUUCAACGGAUUCAAUACGCGCAUCCUUGCGUCUCCCCACCACCGAUCUUUUGAAUUAACGGUCGCCCUUUCCAGAAAUCCGUUAAAAUCCAAGUUCAAACCUGUCACCGUGUGGCCGCAAAACGCGUCCGAUUUUCUGGUCUCUUUUAAGUUCCGAGUUCCCGGAAGUAGAAAAAAAUAUGAGCGAUUUCGGCAGGAGGACGGAGAGUACGGAGACCGUAUCGAAAACGGAUCGGACCGAACAGGGAGCACAGGAACGGAAUUACUCUGUCACGAAAAGGUUACAGACUGAACUGAGAAACUUAAUGCUGGCUGGUCCCAAAGGUGUUACCGCUUUUCCUGAAGGUGACACCAUAUUCAAAUGGGUGGGAACGAUCGAAGGCCCAAAAGGAACAGUUUUUGAAGGUUUCUCUUACAAAGUGACUCUCCAAUUUGAGAAUGGAUACCCGUUCACACCACCAGUGGUGAAAAUGAAGACGCCUUGCUUUCACCCGAAUAUUGACUUGGCGGGUAAUAUUUGCCUCGAUAUCCUUAAAGAUUGUUGGUCCGCGUUAUUUGAUGUUUCGACUAUUUUAAUUUCCCUUCAAUCUCUUCUUGGAGAACCGAACGUAGAUUCACCUUUAAACACCACAGCGGCUGCCAUGUGGACCGACCAGAAACAGUAUAGGAAGUACCUCCUCGCAAAUUACGGCGAUGGACGGAAAUGACGAAUCACUAAUUAUAUUUAAGUCUAUUGUGUACAUUAUUCCUUCAUCGUCAUAAUUCCAUGAAUAUUUCCUGUUUCUUAAAGCAAAUGUAAAACUGUACAUAAAGUAAUAUUGGUUUAAAAAAAUAUUAUUUUGUUAUAUUGUAUAAA